UUCGACAAAAAGACAAACAGUUAUGUAUAAAAAUUCCAAAGAACACUCGUUACCGUAAGCGACGUAUGGUACUUUUGCGAUUGAUGCCUAUUCCACAUCCGUCACCUCUAAGACGGUCUUCCUUGAGAUGCGCAGAGUAGCAAUACUUCGCGUGCUGCUGAUUGGGGGCUUCCCAACAUACCUUGCUGCUCGGGCACACUCCUCAAAAGUCAGACGCUCCCAAAAUUCGAGUCACCUGGCGACUACAUCUGAAACAUUGGAUGUCCAUCGAGAACAAAUACGAUAUCGAAUCCAACUUAGCCACAGCAAGCUAAAACAUUGGGAUUACUUGGUCGACCUUUGAUAGCUGACUUGAUGGCGUCCUCAAAUGGUGUGGGAAGAAGAGCAACCGAUGCGGUGGGCUUAACCUUGCCAAAAUAUGUCAAGGUUACUCGAAAGCCAGAG